AUGUAUUUAUAUAUAUUUAAGUAUGUUACAAGAAUCCUGAGCAUUAGGUUAAAUAUAAAGAGAACCAAGCAGACCGCCCGUAAGUCCACCGGAGGAAAAGCUCCCAGGAAGCAGCUGGCGACCAAAGCCGCCCGUAAGAGCGCCCCGGCCACCGGCGGAGUGAAGAAGCCCCAUCGCUACAGGCCCGGUACCGUGGCUCUGAGGGAGAUCCGUCGCUACCAGAAGUCCACCGAGCUGCUGAUCCGCAAGCUGCCCUUCCAGCGCCUCGUCAGGGAGAUCGCUCAGGACUUCAAGACCGACCUGCGCUUCCAGAGCUCCGCCGUCAUGGCUCUGCAGGAGUCCAGCGAGGCUUACCUGGUCGGUCUGUUCGAGGACACCAACCUGUGCGCCAUCCACGCCAAGAGGGUCACCAUCAUGCCCAAAGACAUCCAGCUGGCCCGCCGCAUCCGCGGAGAGAGGGCUUAACCUGACCCCGAUAUAGUCA